AUGUAAAAUUAUUAAAAAGUAAUUUUAUGCGCUUCUGAUCUUCAUCUAAAUUUUGAAACUGUCUAAUUGUUGAUAGAGAAAGAAAAACAUUAAAAAUUUGAUGCAGUUUUUUUAUUGGGUGAUUUUUUGAAUUUGUAACAUUAAUAAGGAGAAGAUUCAGAGUUGGAUAAUUUGAGAAAAUUAUUAAGUCCUUUUAAGUGUUUUGGUUGUCCAAUAUACUUUAUUCCAGGAAAUCAUGAUAGUGAUGAAUUAUUAUAGGAUAAAUUUAUAGAGGAAGGAUUUAUAAAUAUUCAUAAGAAAUCAUUAUAAAUACGAGAUGAUUUAUGGAUAGUGGGUUUAGGUGGUAGCAUUCCAGGUAGUAUAGAGAUUUAUCCUAAGGAUAUAAUUAGAAAGGUUUGAUUUGGUAAGGAUAUCCAUACCAGAGUGAUAAAGAGUAUUAAGAAGAUCUUGAGAAAUUAAUUAUACCAGAAGAAGGGAAGAUAAUUCUAAUAACUCACAUUGGUCCUUCAUUAAGUUAAACAACAAUUAGUAGUGAAAAUGGUUGGGAUGAUGUAAUUAAAUCUGGAAGUGAUUCAUAAUCAAAUUUGAUUAAGAAUAAGUAAAAUAUUAUAUUAAAUGUACAUGGACAUACACAUGAUGGAGUAGGAAGUAGAAUGAUGAAUUAAUGUAAAGUAGUUAAUGUUGGUCCAUUACUUUAUGGUAAUUAUAGUAUUAUCAGAAUAUCAAAUAAAGUGGAUAAAAUUGAAC